AUGGUUACGAUGAUGAUGGUUAGGAUCAAAACGGAGAACCAGCGAAUGAACGAGGGUGAAUAUUGCGGAGAGGACAGCAGCAACAACAACUUCAACAUAAACGACAACAACAACAACAACCACAACACGCCAUUUGACAUCAGUAGCAGUAACAACAACAACAUCAUGGUUGUUGAAAACAAUGCUAACAACAACAUCAACAACAAUAAAAACAUAAACAACAGCAAAAACAGCAACAGCAGCUGUGCUACCAACGGUUUCAUACAAAUGGAUUUUCAGAAUAAUCAGCAAAAUAACAACAAGUGCAACAAAAUUGACAGCAACAAUCUCAAUAAUAGAACAUGA